ACAAUUGCUGCAGAAAUCCAUCGUUCGUCUCGCCAGCUGUGAGCGCUGUGAGCGUUGAAGUCCACCUGUCUCUUUGGAAAAACGUUCCCUGAUCCCCGCCUGUCAACCUGCCAUGGGCAACUGCUGUGGAAGAGAGCAAGCGUUCCAAGGUGAAGGGCGAACGCUUGGUGCAACUCCAGCUGUUGGUGCUACUCCGUCAGCGACACGUGCAAAUCUGCCGGCCGGUACGCAUGUGUCUCGCGGCGGGCGGACCUUAGGAGACAGCACACAAGGUCAAGCACAAAGCGAGACACCUGGCGCAGCGGCUGCCAGAGCAGCGGAGAGGCGGAAAGCGGCGCAAGGAAAGGGAAAUCUGGGAAAACAGCUUGAUGCUCAGAAAGCGCAGACACAGAGCGCCACGCUCGCACAGUCUGCGCGCGAGAAUGUUGCAGCACGGGACGCUGAUGCUGCGAAUAAGUCAUUGAAUUGGCAAUAGGCUCUGUGAAGAAUUAUGAAGUUGCAAGACAUCCAUGGAUGCUAGCGAGACAUAUUUCAAUAGUACCAAGA